AUGGUCUGCUCUGGCAGAGUGCCCCCCUGGGGAAAUGUGGCAGCAGGUGGCCACUGGGGAGCAGGGGCCCUGCGAGCAGACCUGCUGGGAGCCCAGUGCCAGGAUACUCAGAGUGGCUGCAGCAAGAGGCAGGCCCCAGGCUGCGUGUGCCAGCAUGGGCACUUCUGCAGCCAGGCAGGCUCCUGCGUGCCCGCAGACCACUGCGAGUGCUGGCACCAUGGGCGUGCCCACCCAGGUGAGGUGACCGUGCAGAUGCCAGGGGCCUGCUGUCCCACUUGCAGUCGCCAGGAGAUGCAGGAGGAGCAGUCAGCCUCUUGCCAACACCUCACUGAGCUUCGAAACCUCACCAAAGGCCCCUGCUACCUAGACCAGGUGGAAGUGAGCUACUGCAGUGGGCACUGUCCAUCUAGCACCAACGUCAUGCCUGAGCUACCCCCGGACCCUGAGAGUCCCGUGCGGAUCCUGAACCUGCUCUGCCCCGGAGGCCACACAGAGCCGGUGGUGCUGCCGGUCAUCCACAGCUGCCAGUGCAGCGCCUGCCAGGAGAGCCAGCUCCCGGCCGCUUUCCCUCCCCGCCGGGGGCCACUCCUCUUCGAGUCCCCGGUCCCCAAGGUGGUCGCGGCGGCUGUACCGUCAGGCCAGGCCGCGGGGGGAGGGUGCGGCCUGGAGGCAGUGGCGGGUUCAGCACGGGUCACCGAAAGCGGGGCCAUGGAGCCCAGUGAGUCGGGGAAGGCUCCUGUGACGUUUGAUGACAUCACAGUAUACUUGCUUCAGGAGGAAUGGAUGCUGUUGAGUCAGCAACAGAAGGAGAUCUGUGCUUCAGAUAAUCUGGGGGCACCACUGGGACCAACUAUUGCCAACCCAGAGCUGUUCUGUAAGUUUGAGCGCGGGCCAGAGCCAUGGCUGGGCCAUGUCCAGGGCCAGAGGAAUCUCCUGAGCCACCGCCACCCAGGAAAAAACAAGAUGGGCUAUAUGGGAGAAAUGGACGUGCAUGGCCCAGCCAGUGAAGCUGGAAUAUACCUGCCCCCUCAGAAGAAAGCAUGCCUGGCUCACUUCAGUACGGAGGUUGGCAAUGUCGAGCUGCACUAUCCAGGAAAAAGCAAAAAACCCUUGAAACCCCGGUCUAUCCAGAAGUCAUGGUUUGCCCAGUUCCCGUGGUUGGCCAUGAACGAGGAGCAGACUGCUCUCUUCUGCUCUGCUUGCCGAGAAUACCCGUCUGACAGGGACAAAAGGUCAAGAUUAAUAGAAGGUUACACAGGGCCAUUCAAGGUGGAAACUCUCAAAUACCACGCCAAGAGCAAAGCCCACAUAUUCUCCAUCAGUGCCUUGGCCUCCCGGGACCCCAUCUGGGCCGCCCGUUUCCAAGGUGUGUCUCGAGAUGUCCUGCCCAGCUCCGAGCACCUCGUCACUACAGAUUAUCCUGUAAUGUACCCCCAAGGGCCUCUGGGAGCCUAUGACAACAUGGCGCAGCUCCUGCCCAGCUCGAGAGUGGAACUGGGGAUCCCUGGAGUAAACAGAGCAAACACUGCAUUGUACCUGGACCGCAUGUCCGAUCUGAGGCACAAGGGAAGUGCUGGUGAUGCCCACAGGUCCUCCAACGCGCACAUUUUGCAUAAUGACUCUGCUGAAUUCUGUGGCCAGGAUCCUCCGGAGGAGGGGCGGUUUGAGGAGGUCCCUGUGGUGUUUGAGGAUGUGGCGGUGUAUUUCACUCGGGAGGAGUGGGGCAUGCUAGACACGCGGCACAAGGAGCUGUACAGAGACGUGAUGCGGAUGAAUUAUGAGCUGUUGGCAUCCCUGGGGCCUGCUGCUGCCAAACCAGACUUGAUCUCAAAACUGGAGCGCAGAGCUGCACCCUGGAUCAAGGACCCCAACAGACCAAAGUGGGGGAAAGUUCAUCCUCCAGGGAAGAAGAAGAAAGUGGCUGUUAGAGAAGCAGACACCCAACACUCGGCUUUAGAAUCUCCAUUGCUUCCAGCUCCUUGUGUGGAAACGUGUAUCUCCUACUAUAAUUCCAGCCUUUGUGAAGUCGAAGUAGAUGGGCCAAGGAAAACCAAAAGGACUUACAGACCCCGUUCAAUUCAGAGGUCAUGGUUUGGUCAGUUCCCAUGGCUAGUAAUUGAUCCAAAAGAGACCAAACUCUUCUGCUCAGCUUGCAAAGACAGACCUAGUCUCCAUGACAGAUCAUCCCGGUUAGUGCGAGGUUACACAGGGCCUUUCAAAGUGGAGACUUUAAAAUACCACGAAGUCAGCAAAGCACACAAGCUCUGCAUCAACACCACUGAGACCAGAGAAGACACCCCCCAGGCUGCCCUCGUCCCAGAGAUCUCCAGUGACCUGAUGGCAAACAUGGAGCACUUUUUCAAUGCCGCCUACUCCAUCGCGUACCACUCGAGGCCCCUGAAUGACUUUGAGAAGAUUCUGCAGCUCCUCCAAAGCACUGGGACCGUGAUUUUGGGCAAGUACCGAAACCGCACAGCAUGCACGCAGUUCAUCAAGUACAUCUCUGAGACGCUGAGGAAGGCGAUCCUCCAGGAUGUCCGGGGCUCCCCCUGCGUGAGCGUGUUGCUGGACGGCUCCACAGACGCCGCCGGCCAGGCCUGCGUGGGGAUCUACCUCCGCUACUUCAAGGAGACGGAGGUGAAGGAGGCCUACCUCACUCUGGCCCCACUCUACAGUGAGACGGUGGAUGGGUACUUUGAGACCAUCAUUUCUGCCCUGGACGAGCUGGACAUCCCUUUCCGGAAGCCUGGUUGGGUGGUGGGCCUGGGAACCGAUGGCUCAACCAUGCUGAGCUGCAGAGGAGGUCUGGUGGGCAAGUUCCAGGAGGUCCUCCCCCAGCUGCUGCCCGUCCACUGUGUGGCUCACCAGCUACACCUGGCCGUGGUAGAUGCCUGUGGGGGCAUCGACCUGGUGAGGAAGUGUGACCGGCACAUCCGAACCAUCUUCAGAUUCUAUCAGUCUUCCCACAAGAGGCUGAAUGAGCUGCAGGAAGGGGCAGCUCCCCUGGAGCAGGAGAUCAUCCGCCUAAAGGACCUGAACGCCGUCAGGUGGGUGGCCAGCAGGAGGCGCACGCUGAACGCGCUCAUCCUGAGCUGGCCCGCCCUGGCCAGGCAUCUCUACAGUGUGGCGGAGGCCGGGGGCCGGAGCGGGCACAGGGCCAGAGGCAUGCUGAGGCUGAUGAAGAGCUUGCACUUCAUCAAGUUCUGCCAUUUCCUCUUGGACUUCCUGAGCAUCUACAAGCCUUUGUCUGAGGUGUGCCAGAAAGAGCUCGUGCUGAUUACAGAGGUGAACGCCACCCUGGGUCGGGCCUAUGUCGCCCUGGAGACUCUCCGCCGCCAGGCAGGGCCCAAGGAGGAAGAGUUUAAUGCCGGCUUCAAGGAUGGGCAGCUCCAUGGCAUCUUCUUGGACAGGAUGGAGAUGGCAGAACAGCGGUUCCAGGCAGACAGGGAGAGGGUGAUCCUCACUGGGAUCGAGUAUCUCCAGCAAAGGUUUGACACAGACCGUCCCCCGCAGCUCAAGAACAUGGAGGUAUUUGACACCAUGGCCUGGCCAAGUGGGAUUGAACUCGCCAGUUUUGGGAAUGAUGAUAUUCUUGCCCUUGCCAGAUACUUUGAGCUCUCACUCCCCACAGGAUACAGCGAGGAGGCCCUCCUGGAGGAGUGGUGGAGCCUGAAGGCCAUCGCCCAGAACCUCCCGUUCUCCAUGCUGUGCAAGAACGCCCUGGCCCAGCACUGCCGCUUCCCCCUGCUGAGCAGGCUCCUGGCAGUGGUGGUCUGUGUGCCGGUCUCCUCCUCCUGCUGUGAGCGAGGGUUCAGUGCCAUGAGCCGGAUCAGGACCGAUGAGAGGACUAAGCUUUCCAGCGAGGUGAUCAACAUGCUCAUGAUGACAGCCGUGAAUGGGGUGGCAGUCACAGAGUAUGACCCCCAGCCUGCCAUCCAGCACUGGUACCUGACCUCCUCUGGCCGGCGUUUCAGCCACGUCUACACCUGUGCUCAGGUGCCACCCCACUCCCGUGCAAGGGCAGGGCUCAGGAAGGAGAGGAUGGGAGCACUGUAUAUGGAGGAGGCAGUGACCCAGAAGCCGGCCCUCCCAUCCUGCAGGGAACCAGUGGAGCUCCUGAAGGCCUGCAUCGCGGACCCUCCCGACAGACUCCUGUAUGCCCAUGCCAGCCCAGAGGCCCCCAAGCUGUCCUGAUAGAGAGCUCAUGGAGGGGCAGCAGUCCCAGGCUUGUCCUGCUCCUCAUGAUCAUGGAGACAGGCUUUCUGCGGAUUCUAGGCUGC